AUGUACACCUCGAAGCUUUCCCUGUGGGCGCUGGCCGGAUCCCUUGCCGCCGUUGCAGGCAAGGGUCCAUUCCUGGAGUCCUUGAACGACGGCACUUGGGUUAUUGGUAACGAUUUCUGGAAUGUUACACAAGGUCCGGUCUACGCGACAAAGCUCUUCUGGCAGGGUGUCCCUGGCGCAGAUCUUGUCGGUUCCGCCGUAGGCCACUACACUGGUUAUGGGCAGUCGACAGACGGGGAAUCCAACCUCCGUUACACCAACGCGACGAUUGCUGCACGUGGUACACACUUCAUCGACGUCAGCUUCACUGCGCCCGCUGGAGAUCUUCACUGGGUCAUCUUUGACGACCUCUCCGGCGCGUACCAGUAUUUUGUCAACCGUGCCCUGCCGAACAUCAGCAUUUUGCGAACACUCUGGCGGCUGGCGCCGGAGUACUUCACCCAUGGCCGCACUCAUCUCAAGGAUGAGCCCUUGCCGAUUUCGAUCCUGUAUGCAAAGUCGACCAUGUUCCAGGAUGAGACUUGCAGCUUGCAGCCGGUCAUCAUCCACCAGUACGACUGGUCCACGCCGUCAAGAGACCGCGACUCUUAUGGUGUCUACGGAUCUCGUGAUACGUCGCAUUUCCGUGUCGGUCAAAAGACAACUCAGCCCGUGGGUAAGGUCUGGGGUCCCUGGCUUUGGUACCUGAACAACGGAAGCAUCCCAGAUGUCCAGAAGAAGCGUGCCAAGGAGCUGAAGCACUUCCCCUACAAAUGGCUUGACGAUGCCGCCUACCACCAGAGGGGCGGCAUCGAGGGUACUCUGCUACUGUCCGACGGCCGCCCCGCAUCGAAGGCUGCCGUCUUCCUCGGUGACAGUGACACGUCAAUCCGUCCCUCGAUCCAAGGGACCAACUACUACUACACGACUUACACCAACGAUAAGGGACGCUUCUCCUUUGAUGACGUACGCACUGGCUCCUAUGGCCUUAUUGCGUACUCGAAUGGUAACAGACUGGCCGACGUGUACACCAACUUUACAAAGUCUGGCAUUACCGUAACUAAGGACAAGACCCUCAUCCUCGGUCGCCUGAAAUGGAACGUGGCGGAUCGCGCGAAGCGAAUCUUCCAAGUCGGCGAAUUUGAUAAGAAGGCCCUUGGCUUCAAAAACGGGGGCCUGCCUUACCAGCACGGCGUCACUGAGGACAGUCCUGCCAACCUUACAUUCAUCGUUGGCAAGUCAAAGACUUCGGACUGGUACUAUGCUUCAUCGGCCAUUGGAAAGUGGACCAUCGAGUUUGAAGUCUCGGCUGCGGAUAUCGCGACCAACAAGACAGCGAUACUGAGUGUGUCUCUGGCUGGUUGCUCUCAGAGCGGAGCGCUCAACGUCGAUGUGAAUGGCCAGGACUACGGUACCUUGAGCAAGGACAACCUCACUAGCGAUCCGGCGCUUUACCGUUCUGGAAAGACAUCUGGAGAGUGGCGGUUCAUUCAGUACAGAGUUGAACCGGGUGUUCUGGUCGAAGGUGUGAACAAGGUGGGCUUCAGUGUGACGCGUUACACUAAGUGGAGGGGAUUCCUUUGGGACAGCAUCAUUCUUGAAUGGGAGUAG